AUGUGGCGGCUCCUGUCGCUUGCUUCGGCUUAUCUCGUGGUGGCGUCGCAGCCUUCGGUGGAGGAGGUGAACCGCGCCAUGGACGCCGCCAAGGAGGCGCUGGCCUCGGCGGCCGAGAAGGAGAAGAAGGCGCAGGAGGAGCAGCGGGCGGCGGAGGAGGCGAAGGAGGCUUUGAAGAAGCGCAGUGUGCGCCAGUCGCAGCGAGAGGAGGAGGAAGAGGCGAGGCUGCAGAAGAAGAAGGAUCGCUUGAGGAAGGAGAGGCAGCAGAUCCAGGAGAUGCGAAGGGACGCCAAGGAGGAGAUGCAGAAGGCGCUGAAAGCCAAAGACCAGGCGGAGUGGGACCAGACAGACGCGCUGGACAAGCUGCAGCAGGAUGAAAAGCUCCACAAAGAGAGCGAGAGCAUGCUCAAGCGCUCGGCCAUCAAUGACGACGAGGCCGCCAAGGUGGAGACGGCUGCAAGGAAGAGCAUGGAUGAGGCGCGGGAGGCGGAGGCCCGGGCGGCCAAGGACCGGCGCAGCUACCGCGCGAAAGCCGCCCAGGCGGGCGCGGCCCAGCGGGAGGCCUGGCGCGCGGAGGCGCGCGCCGAGGCGGCGGCGCGGAAGAAGGCGGCGCAGCUGGACGCGCUGCAGGCGCAGCAGGAGUCCGUGGCCAAGGACAAGGCGAAGCUCGAGACGCAGCUGGCGCAGGUGGCGCAAGCCAGGCGCUCGGUGAUGGAGGCGCUGGCGGAGGCGAAGAAUGCCACCAAGGCGGCCGCCCAAGAAGUUGCGCAGGCGUCCCAGACGAAGCAGCAGGCAGAGAAGGAGAUGGAGAAGGCCAAAGACUUGAUGGACAUCGCCCAGGAGAUGCACGAUGUGGCGGAGCAAGCUAUGGUGGCCGCAAGGGUCCUGCAGGGCAAAACGCCGCCAAAUGCGCGGAAUGCGGCCGAGGGGAAUUCCAGUGGCAAGCAGAAGGGCGCAGCUUCGCAGACGGCGCGCUCCCCGGGCCGCUCGCCGUCCGGAAAAGCUGGCGGCAAGGCGGGCGCGGAGGCGGCCAUGGCGGCGGCGGUGGCGGCGGCGGCGGACGCCCAGCGCCAGCUGCGCCAGGCGCAGCAGGAGCUAAUGCAGGCCAAGUCGGCCAAGGCCCAGCAAGGCGACGAGCUCAAGGAGAAGCAGCGGCAGCUGGUGGAGGCAAGAAGGUCGUUGGAGGAUAUCCGGAGCGAGGAGGAGCACGAGGAGCACGAGUCCGAAGAGCUGCGCACCGCCGUGGAAGCGGACCGCGCGGAGCUGUUGAUCUUGCAGACCGUUUUCAUCCUUGUCUUGCUGGGGCUCGCCAUUGGCGCAUGGAUGUUCUUCCGGCAUCGGCCGAAGAGUGAGGAGAAGGCGAUGGGCCGGCAAUCCCCGCUCAACGCGGAUGCCGGCGUGCAAGCGGACGCCAAGGACGCCUGGCUCCGCGGCACCGGCUCCGCGAGCGCGCUGGAGCGCGACCGGCCCCCGCCCUUCGGGCUGGGCGGUGCGGCGGCGGUGCCGGGGCUGUCGCUGCCGAAGCCCAAAGUCUUCCACAUGUCCCCCAGGUGGGAAUUCUUGGAGGUGAGUGACUCACAUUUGGACAGCUUGGCCCCUUCCUUCGCCUGGGGAGGGCGGAGGUCCGCGCAGAACGCGCGGAACGCGCGCGCCCCCUUUGGAGGCGGUUGGCCGCAAGUCUACUACGAGAACAAGGCCCUUCGGUCCCUGAUCGGGAAGAAGGGUUUGUGCCCCGCUGGGCGGGUUGCAGUGGUUGGCCCGACUCAGGAGGACUUGGCGCUCGUGGGCUGCGGACAGGUGCUACCUUGGCAAGGCCGCGUCAACGCCCAGCGCCUGGCCGCGACAAUAGGUAGCCUGCAGGCGGUGCAGGGCUGGGCCCUCUUCGAGCGCCUGGACCUGCCGGCGAGCAGCGCCUUUGUAGCGCUGCGCUACGCCUGGAACGCCCUGCCCGACGGGCGCUGGGUGGACUUUACGCCUUGGCCCGGUGGAUGGCAGCAGAUUCUGCUGGCGGCGGGCUCCGUCGGCCUGCCCGAGGGCCCCAACCGCUUGCUCCGGGACUGCGAUCGGCAGCUGGUUCAGCAGCUGCGAAGCCUGCAUGAGGAGACACCGCCGCACCCAGGGCAGUCAUUGCCAGGCGCUGAACCGAAGCUGGAGGUGCUCAAGAAGGAGCUGGCCGCAGCCCUCAAGGAGGCGGACGAUGCUUGCGCCAGGCUCCGGGAGGCCGAGGCCAAGGAUGUCACUGCAUCCAUCAAGUCGCUGACGCAGAAGUGCCUCUGGCAAGAGGUGCUGACCAUACUGGAGGAGUUGCCGCAGCAAGCCGUGCAAGGCAACUUGAUCAUCUACUCCUCCGCCAUCAACGCCUGCGCCAAGGGCCAGCAAUGGGAAGCUGCUCUGCAGGUCCUCAAUGCGGCUUUCGGCCGCCACUUUCGGCCCAACGCCAUCGCCUAUGGGGCAGCGCUCAGCGCGUGCGACAAGUGUGGCCAGUGGCAAUGGUCUUUGCAGCUUCUGGCAGACAUGGCCCAAAGCUGCGAAGGCGGCGGCAUGGACGCCUUCUGCGUGAACGCGGCCAUGGGCGCCUGCGGCAGAGGCGAAAUGUGGGAGGCGGCGUUGAGCCUGUUCCAGCUGCUCUGCCUCAGCCAGCUGCAGCUGAGCUCCUUGAGCUGCAACACUGCCAUCAGCGCGCUGGAGAAGAGCGGCCAGUGGCAGCGGGCCCUGGAUCUCCUGGGCUUGGCGAGGCGCAAGACCCUCGCGGACGUCAUCAGCUUCAGCGCGGCGCAGAGCGCCUGCAAAGGCGGCCGAGGCGCCUGGGUCUGGGCCGUGGCGCUGCUGGCGGCGAUGCCCUCGGCGCAGCUGGCGCCCAACGUGGUGAGCCUCAACGCGGUCAUCAGUACCUGCUCCGGCGACGCCUGGCCGGCAGCCCUGCAUUUGCUCUGCAUGGAUCGCUGGAAGCUGAGCCCCGACGUCAUCUCCUUCAACACGGCCAUAGCUGCCCUUGCUGAGGCGCGUUGGGACUUGGCGCUGGGCCUGCUGGCAAACAUGGGAGCCUCGGUGCGGCCCAACCGCCGCAGCUUCAACGCUGCAUUGGGCGCCUGUCGGGCUGGGGGCCACUGGCAGGGCGCCCUCUGCUUGCUGCAGCAGAUGCGCGGCUCGCUGGGAUGUGACGCCAUCAGCUGCAGCUCCGGCAUCGCCUGCCUGGCGGCCGGCGCUGACUCGUGGCCCUGGGCGCUUCAAGUGCUGGCGGAGAUGCCCGGCAUGGCGGUGCAGCGGGACGCGGCCAGCCUCAAUGCCGCCAUCCGUGCAGCGAGCAGCUGGCAACUAGCGCUGCUGCUGCUAGCCAACUUGCCCGAGACAGACGCCUUCAGCUACACGGCGGCCAUCGGGGCCUGCGAAGCCGCAGAGCAGUGGCAGCAAGUCCUGGAGUUGGUGAAAGACAUGCGCUGCGUUGGCAUGGAAGUGGACGCCUACGCGCGGGGUCUUGAGAUCAGCGUCUACUUCAAGGGCCUCCAAUGGGAGCGCGUGCUGUUGGCCUUGGUGGACACGCAGCGGGCCCAGCAGGAGCCGGACCUGGUGAGCUACAACGCGGCGGUGUCAGUGCUCCAGAAGUGCGGAGAGUGGCACUCGGCGCUGAGCUGGCUGUCCCGGAUGCGGCGCGAGGGCCCGCGGCCCGACGCCAUCACUUUCGCCGCCGGGAUCAUGGCCCUCGGAAGGAUUCAGCGCUGGCAAGAGGCCCUAGAGAUGAUGGAGGACAUGCGGCGACACCACAUCCGACCAGGCACCUCCACCUGCAACGCGGCCCUCUCUGCGUGUCAGGCGUCCCAGCAGUGGGAGGCGGUGUUGCAGCUGUUUCUGGGGAUGUCUGCCAUGGAAGUGGAGCGGGACGUGGUGGGCUACAAUGCUUGCAUCGGCGCUUGCGGCAAGGGCCAGCAGUGGGAGGCGGCUCUGCACGUCUUGUCUUCGAUGCCUGUGGUGCGCCUUCAGCCUACCACCAUCAGUUGCAACGCGGCGAUCUGUGCAUGCCAGCUUGUCAGCCGAUGGCAAGCUGCCGCAUGCAUCUUGUCGUCCAUGCAAGACCAGGGCCCUCUCCCGGACGCCGCGACCCUGAACGCCUGCAUGCCCGCCUUCGGCCGGUACCAGAAGUGGCAGGCGGCCUUGGGCCUGCUGUUCGACACGCGGACACAGGGAGUGGACGAUGUGCUCGCUUACAGCGCUGCCAUGUCCGCGUGCCAGAACGGCCUGCAAUGGCAACAGGCCCUCCUCCUCUUCUCAGACCUCGCCGCGUCGAGCGCCUCGGCGGACGUGCGGUGCUUCACCGCGGCGCUGGACGCCUGCGCCCAGGGCCGGCAGUGGCGCCGCGCGGCGGCGCUUUUGGCGCGGAUGCCAGAGGCGCGCCUGGCGCCGGACGUGGUGAGCUUCAACGCGGGGCUGCGCGCCUUCCAAGGCAGCCACCAAUGGCAGCAGGCGCUUUCAGUGGCCGCCAUGAUGGAGACCUCUCCCGAUGCCCUGACCCUGCAGGGCUCGCCCUUCGGCCGUGCGGAGUGCGGCAAACGAAUCGAAAGAUCGAACUCCGAGGCCUUGCCGGCGCUGGCCCAGGUGCUUCUUUUCGCCCUGGCAGCUAGCGAGCCUGGCACAGAGACGGCCUACCUCUAUGGCAACAUCAAGGAGUACGCCUACUACUUCACGGACCUUCUGGUCGGCUCGCCCCCGCAGCUGACAUCGGUCAUCAUCGACACGGGGAGCCAUCUCUUGGCCUUCCCUUGCGGCGGGUGCGACCACUGCGGCAGGCACUUGGAGCCGGCGGUGGACAUCAGCAAGUCCUCCACCGCGAAGUGGGAGUAUUGCGGCGGUGACAGGUGCACCUACUCCGAGAAGUACUCCGAAGGCAGUGCCAUCGAGGGGCAUUGGUUCACUGACAAGGUGGAGCUGGGCGACUCCUUCAGCCGCAACUCCCCGGUCUCGGCGCGCAUGGGCUGCCACGACUCAGAGAACAAGCUCUUCUACACCCAGCGUGCCAACGGCAUCAUGGGCCUGGCGCCUGCCCUUCCCACCUACGACCAGCCCAGCGCAGAGCGCGCGCCCGGCAUCCUGGAAGAUUUGUUCAGGGACAAGAAGCACGUGGACUCGAGGGUGUUUUCCAUCUGCCUGGCGGACUGGGGUGGCUUGUUGACGGUGGGCGGCGCCAACUCUGCCUAUCACGCCGGAGGCGUUACCUGGGUGGACAUGAUGAGCAGCGGCUACUACAUGGUGAAGCCGGAGACCUUCUUCGUGGAUUCGCUGCUGGUGGUGGCCGGCACGGCGGAGUUCGGGCAGGCCAUCGUGGACACCGGGACCACGCUGACCUACUUCCCUCAGCAGAUCUUCGACAGAGUGGUGAUGCACCUGGAGUCGUUUUGCCUGUUGCCCGAUAACUGCCAAGCAGACCGGGCAGACAGGCCAGAUUCGCACCAGAAGUGCUGGAGGAUGCAUGAUGGCCAGGGCCCGGGCGCCUUCCCCACGCUCGCCUUCAAGUUCCAGGGCCAGUCGGAGACCAUCACCUGGGGCCCGGAGGCGUACCUCAACCACAGGGGGGAGGAUUUGUGGUGCUACGCCUUUGCGCCCAGCGCCUCGGGGGAGACGAUCUUCGGGAUCUCCUGGCUACUGCACAAGGACGCCGUCUUCGACCUUGGCGCCCAGAAAUUCGGCGUGGCGGACGCCAACUGCCCAGAGCACCGACAGGCGCCCACAUCCCUUUGGAGCCCGCCCGCUGGAGAUUCGCAGCGCUUCCCAGCCCUCUUCGGCCACGGUGGCGCGCCCUCCUUGGGCUUGGCCGGGCUGGCGGCAUGCCUGGUUGCCCUGCUCGGCCUGGCAGCCGUGCGCCUCAAUCGCUGGCGAACUUCCGCCAGCGCCAGCUUUCAGGCCCAGGAGGAGUUUGGGGAGGCUCGCCAGCUGCUGGCCGCGUGA